UCCUGAUACGAUUUCAAGGGGUAUCCCACAUUUUCCGGCACAAGUUGAGAUCAAUCCACGCCUAUCCUUAUUCGAAACUCAACUCGAUGGCUCAGUAUAAAAAGCGGCAGAGAGUAGUAUUCAAUUUGUCUGCUGUUCAAUUUCCACCAAUAUGUCAACCCUCACAAUCCCGAAACUUGCAGAUGAGCUCUUCUUCCGGCCCAUCGUAAUAUCAAUGAACAGCUUAGCCCUGUCUUCCCUUAUGUCCUAUAUCAUGUCUGCCAAUGGAACUAUCGAUUGGAGAUCGAUAACCAUCUGCGUGACAUCGGACAUCCUUGCGAUGGGGGCUGACCAUCUUAGGGAUAAAGAGGAGGAAUUCUCAUCUGACCGCAAUAACGCAAACGACCCUCGCCUCGCCUCUUGGUUUGGAUAUGCACGAACCUUCCUCACCGCCAGCGCUAUGCUCCUUGCACUGGCACUAUCUCUAUGUCCACUUUCGACCCUCCUCACUACGGCAGCCUUCAUAGCCCCUGCCUUGCUCUGGAACACUCCGAUCAGCUUCAAAAAGUUGGGGUUGAUUUCGAGGCGCCUUCUCGGGAGUUUUGUUAAAGACAGCCACAAACCUUCGACAUCUACGCCCAUUCUGGUUAUCAAACGCGUUCCUGGGAUGAAAGCCAUAUUUAGCGGUAUCAUUCGAGCAUGUGGAAUCUACACUGUUGUCCUCACCGUAUUGUCAGGAUCAGGAAGUCUGACUAACACACUACCAUCUCCAUGGAGUACUGUUCAACUGAUAGUCUGGUCGACGGUUAAUCGUUCAUGCCACGCAGCUAUGAAUGAUGUCCGUGAUUUUGAAGACGAUCUGAAGGCCGGCGUCCCCACCAUACCUGUCCUUCUCGGAUCCGUCCGCAAGACAAAGGUCAUAUUGACGGCUUGCCAUGCGCUCGUUAUGUUGGCCUUCAUCGAAAAUCCAUACAUCAUGGGAAGCUGCUUAUUUGCCACAGCUCUGGUAUGGGCGCUUGACAAGCACUCGCCGAAAAAGGCGUUUUUGCUGGGUUCUCAUUCGCAGUCCUUGUUCAUUAUCUGGUACUUUUUGACGAGGGAGACUUAGCUUUUCGCGUGGAGGACGAAUAUUAUGAUGGCAUAGGAACGGUUCUGGCUUGAAUGCAGAUCGUUUUAUAGAAGGAUAUGUCGACUCUCAUCUGUCCUAUUUAUUGUGUCAGCCACUAGAGACUAGACGGUUAGGAAGACAUACAUAUGCUCAGGCUAUACUCCAAAAUUACGAGAUCUGAUGAUGUAACCGAU